CUUAGAAGUGCUUUUCUUGCCUUCCAUGCAUGCGCAUAAAGCAUUGAAUGGAAUUAAUUAAGUUAAAACACUUUUUUCCACGUUGUCCAAAUACCUGUUAGUAUUGGCUCCGUGUGGCGACUGGCUCCUGAGCUAGCACAAAUUGGCGCGCAAGCAGCUCGAAAAGUUGGAAUCAUGGCGCAGACUUUGAAUCGAGUUGCUUUCUCCUUGUCAAGCAGCCCUGGUCUGACCACAUCCGAGGCAUGCAGAUCUCAAGCUCGCAGCAGAGGUGCCACCUCAUAUAGCGCACAUAGCGUGCAUUCCUGCCGCUGCGCUCAUGCAGCUUCCCCAACUGUCUUAUUUGCAAAGAAAAGCGUGGCCCGGGCAGCUUUCUUUGGGACCUCUAUUUCAGGCGAAAAAGUUGGCAAUGUUAGGCAAGCUAAGCUCCAGAUUGUGAGGGCUGCUGCCGAGGGGGCUACAGAGUUGGAGAAGGGGUCCGAGGGGCCCCCCGUGCAAUUGGGGACGGCGGAGCUUCCAGAGGACAUCAAUCUGGCCAAAUUGAAGCAGUUGCUUUAUCAGUGGGCAAACAGCAUAGUCACAUCUUCGGCUCUGCCACUGCCAUUGCCCCUCAAGGUUGACCCGCUUGACAAUGGCGUACGCCUGGCCUUUAUCAGGAUCGAGGCAGGCGAGAUCAGCGAGUUGUUCCGGAUUGAUGUGUUGCUCACCCCCAAAAGUGAAGGGGAGCGAAGACCGAUGUUUAAGGUCUUCAGGGAUGGUCCUUACAAGAACCAGAAGGCUGCCUUUGAGCCGCAAGUAAUGAGCAGCCUUUUAGCAGCGUUGAAGAAGUCUGUGCCUUUGAGCCGAGGGGAAUAGAUUGCACACCCGAUCCUGCACACGACUCGUGUUGUUAAGUAGACCAUUUUCGGCGAGCUUCCGCGACGCAUAGCCAAACAACGCUCCGCGUGUUUGCCGAAGGCCCAACCGCCUUUGGCUUCGAGCAAUUGUUCUGCAACACUGAAACUGACUUUCUUGCCUGCGAGACUUCUUGACGGUACACACUGACCAUUUGUAAGGCUCUUGAUCUGCACAUAUGCAGAAAAUGUGGUGCACACCGUUGAGUACGUACGGGCCUUU